CCCGCGACGCCGGCCACGCGGAGGUUCGGGCGGCGACUGCAGCGCAUGGCGGCCCUAGGACGCCCUGCUCGGGAGGCACCGGCGGCCGCAGGCCCAGGACACCCCGCGAGCAGUGACGACACCCCCGGGGCGCAUCCCGUAGGCGGUGAAGGCGACGUAGCCUCUAGGAAGCGAAAGAAGAGGAAAAGCCGGAGCGGGGCGCCUGUGCCGAACGCGGGCGGGAAGGCCUCCGAAAAGCCGGCCCCGGAGGAGGCCCCUCUGAGCGCGGCCCCGGCGGAGCAGCUGGCUCGGGAACUGGCCUGGUGCGUGGAGCAGCUGGAACUGGGCCUCCGGACGCAGAGACCCAGCCCGACACAGAAAGAGCAGGCCCUCGGGGCGAUCCGCGUCCUGCGCGCCGAGAGAGCCCCGCUGCCGCGGAAGCGGCGGCUGAUGCGCUCCUUGUUCGGGGAUUACAGGGCGCAGAUGGAAGCCGAGUGGCGCCAGGCCCUGCGCGCCCUCAAGACUGGCAGGAAUGCUGGUUCUUCACUCACUAUUUUAUGCCAGAGGAGGAAUGAACUAGCUUUUGGAAUGCUGAGAAAACAGGAAAACGUGUUCAAGCUGGAGUGUGGGAAAGACAUUGGUAACUGAGGAAAACAGGAAGCGUGAAAGAAGAAAACCUGGAGACAGAGGAUGGUUCAAAACCAGACUGUAAAGUGAGACCAUUGCACACCUUGUAAGGGAGACUGUAGCUUCUUCGUCCUAUCAAGAGUCACAUGAGCUUGGAGCAGAAAUUUCCAAGUUGCAACUUAAGGUGACUGCAGUGCAGCCAACACUGUGAUUGUAGCCAUGAGAGAUCCUGCGGUAGGGGACCGGCUAAGAUAUGACUGGAUUCUUAACCCACAAAAACUAACAUAGCAAAUGUGUGUUGCUUUAAGCCAGUAAGUUUUGGGUCAAUUUUUAUAUAGCCAUAGAUACCUAAUAAGUCAUCACAGACAACACCUACACACAUGCACCCAAUUUUUAAAAAAAGUAAUCCUACCCUGGCAGGGUAGCUCAGUUGGUUAGAGUAUCGUUUGGAUACAUCCAGGUUUCCGGUGCUAUCCCCAGUGAGGACACACAACAGAAUCAACCAAUCAAUGCAUAAAUAAGUGGGACAACAAGUUGAUUCCCUCCCCCCUUUCUCUCUAAAAUGAAUAAAAACAAAUUUUAAAAAUCAACUCUAGUCAUCUACAGGUACUGAGACUUCAUGUAAAAGCUUGGCACUGUCUUUUUAUUUUUUAAUCCUUGCCCAAUGAUAUUUUUUCCAUUGCUUUUUUUUUUUUUCAAAGAGUGAAAAGGUGCGGCGGGGGGAGGAGGGAUAUCAGCAUGAGAGAGACACAUGGAUUGGUUGCCUUCCGCGUGCACCCAGGCCGGUGGCCAGGGGCAGAGCCUGCGAUGGAGGCACAUGCCCUCGGUCAGAAUCGAACCUGGAGACCUUCGUUCUGCGGGCUGACGCUCUAACCACUGAGCAAAACUGGCUAGGGCUCUAUUUCUUGAGCCAAACUAGGCUGAAGCAAUAAGUACAUUAAUAAUUUAAUGUUUUUCUUUCCCAAUAGAGUUGGUCUAAAACUGAUUUUUCUAUAAGCCUGGCCUCUCUUAUUCAGAACGAGCCUCAGAUAUUAACUUUUCUGGGCUUUGUAUAUUUUUAUAAUACAUUUCGUACACUGGGAAGAUCUCUAAAAUGAUAUUCCAAAAAAAUAAAUAAAUAAAAUGACAUUCCAGCUCCUGAAAUUCGUAACUGGGGGUGUUCCUCUAGCUACUGUAGAACACACAGACUUUACUUUUUCAUUAAGAGGAUAAGUAGUAAAUUUAGUUAUUUGAAUAUCUCUGCAAUGUGUCAUUUAUUAUUAUUUUAGAGAGAGGAAGGGAGAGAGAGAAAGAAAGAAACAUCCAUUUGUUGCUCCACUUACACAGCAUUGGUUGAUUCUUGUGUGUGCCCUGCCCAGGGAUUGAACCCGAAACCUUGGUGUAUGGUGACCACGCUCUCACCAACUACCUACCUGGCCUGGACUUGUGUCAUUUAUUUUUGAAUAAAAAUAACUCAGAGACCUU